AUGCCCGACAUCAACUCCAUUCCAGCGUCGCCAUCCACGACGCGCCGCCCGUCGGCCAACCUCUCGUCACAAGCACAGCCAGGAGCCGCUCCGCCUCCGCCCUCCUCCGCCCCGGCACUGAACAUCCUCCCCUCGAACCAGCAGUCCUAUCACCAGAGUGUCGCCGCCUCUCUUCCUUCCCCGUCGUUGCCAUCCGCGCCCGCCCCAGCAAGCAUGCCGCCGCCGCCGCCGCCCGCUCCCGGCCAUGACAACACGGGCGUCGGAGCCGGCCCCGGCCCUAUAAGGCAUCCGCGCCCCUUGACCGCUGCCGAGCUGCACCAUCAGCUAGAGGCCGAGCAGGAGUUGCUGGUAAACCGACUUACACGCGAUCUGCAAACACUCCGCGCUGCCCACAACUCGUCCGCUGCAUCCAACGGCUCUUCGGCGUCUGCCUCGACAUCCGCAGACCAGCAGUCGUCCUUCGUAGAUACACACCUGCUCUCCGGCCCGGGCUUCCCUCUGCCCAGCACAAGUGCCGACCGUCGACACCACCGAACCAGUUCGAGCACCAGUGCGAGGAGUUUCAGCCAGGCCGCCACCGCAGGCUCAACACCUUCCGCCAUCGCCACCAACCACCCACCGUCAGGAAAUGCUGGGUCGGUAUUGGAGGCCGCACGUAAUCCUCGAGGCAGCAUGUCCAUGUCACGACAGAAUAGCACCACUUCUCACCGCAGCGCCAGCAGGUCUCGAAACCGCUCGCCGCACCCUACCGGUUCUGGUUCAUACUCCCAGUCUCAUGGCUUUCCCUACGCGGAACAUGGCUCCGGUCCUGGCUACUUCCCCCGCAGCCAUCCCACCUCGACUCCCCACAGUACGGCUGCCACACCGGGCUCAGAACUUUCUCCUGGUCUGAUGCCUGCAACGUUGAGAUACGAGGAAACCGCAUAUUAUCGUCAGGAGCUCGACACUGCCAAGAGGGAAAAUGACGCCCUCAAGCGACGCAUCAAGGAGCUGGAGAAGAUGGUACGGGAGAGGCGCGAGAGCGAUGCCUCACAGCGAAGCACCGGUGGCGCCAGGAUCCGAAGCGAGAGCGUAAGCACGACGGCCAGUGUGAGCGUCAGCGGCGCUGCCGGCGUCGGGGGCGGUGGCACCGGCAUAGCCGGCGGCCGAAGAGAACCCAGUGGCAGGGCGGGCGCCGGCAUGGAGCGCGCGUUCAGUACGCUCAGUGUCGCAGGCAGCGUGGGUGUUGGUGUGCCCGAAGAAGAGUUGCAGGUCGGAGAGAGUGCUGCCAGUGCCGGGUUGGGGGCUCCAGAGGGCAAAUGA